UCAGCCUGAUUUUGGAAACCCAGCAGCAAUGUUUAGAAAGUAUAAAGUUAAUGUUUGCCAUAAGAGCCAUUUCUGCUUUUCACAGCUACUCUGAAUUUUUCUUGGUAACAUUUAAUAGACUUUCAGUUCCUCUGUAUUAAAAUUUAAGUCUCUGCCAGGAUGUGUCUCAGAAAGCUUUAGCUCUCUAAUCUAUGACAGCAUGAACCUGCUUUACAUCCCUUUAUUGGUCCUUUGGUCAGCUUUCAAUGCAUCUGAUGCAUGGGACCCAGAUUACUAUACAACAACAGCUUCUCCUGAUGCAUGGCAAACUACUUCUACUUCAGUGACAGCUUCUCCUGAUGCAUGGCAAACUACUUCUACUUCAGUGACAGCUUCUCCUGAUGCAUGGCAAACUACUUCUACUUCAGUGACAGACACCAGCUCCUUCCUAAUCUACAACGAGGACCACAACAAAUGUGUGAUAGUUGUGAGUACUACUGUGGUACAGGUGGCACCAUGUGAUAUAUCAUCUACGGCACAGCAGUUCAGAUGGAUUUCCUCUUCACGAAUCAUCAGCCUCUCUUUUAGUCUCUGCUUGGGAGCCAAGAAGAUUGAAAACUGGGACAAAAUUAUCCUUCUGCCCUGCAAUGAACUCAGCCCAGAGCAAACCUGGGAAUGUAAAGAUGAGACCUUAUUUGGGUUGAAAGGACAUCCAAUGCACCUGAACCAUGGAAAUUCUUACGAGCAAAGUUUGACGUUGUAUACAGGAACAGGUUCUUGGAGUCGCUGGCUGAUUUAUGGGACCAAAGAAAUUUUGUGUUCUCGUGGAUAUCAAGACAUGGCAAGUAUAGGUGGUAAUUCACUUGGGAAACCAUGCCAUUUCCCUUUUAAGUAUAAUGGCAAGUGGUAUGCUGAAUGCACUGUGGAUGGCAGGAAAGAUGGUUUGCUGUGGUGUUCCACAGAAAAAGAUUACGACACGGACAGAAAGUGGGGCUUCUGCCCCACAAAAAAUGCCCCAGUGCCCAGCAUCACAGUGUUCAGGCAGAUGCAGGACAGAGAGCAUGUGAUGGUGAUGUGUUCAUUCGGAAGAAGAUUCAUUGAGAGCUCUUUCCAGCUGUCACUGAAGGGUGAAUACAACUACACACUGAAGAAUCCUCUGCUAUCUUCAAAUGAAAAGUGUGUGUUUGAUGUGAAAGUGAGAUCACCUGUUUCCUUCACCUGUGUGCACGAGAUUAAUCAUGCGGUGAACCGGCAGAGUGAGACCUACACCUACAACCCAUCUGCUCAAUCCAGCAACAUGAGCACACCAUACUACCCGACACAAACUCAACCCACCGAUAUGAGCACACCAUAUUACCAGACACAGAAUUUUGCUGCAGAACAUCAUAAGAAAGGAGUAUCUAUAUUCUUCAUCUGCUUUUCCUCCUUCAUUGCUGUUGGUCUCGUCAUCAUGACUGUGGCACUGAUCAUCAGGAGAAAAGCUAAAAGUGUGUGUUCAGUGAUUGCUGGGACAGAUAAUACUAUACUGAUAUAUGAGAACAGGUCAGAGUUUCUGAAGAGGAAAGAAGAGGCAACCGAUCAAUUAAUCAAUUUAGACUGAUCCAAUAAUUUUCUGCAUGCUGAACAGUAACACCCUUUCAACAUAAAAGUAAAAUGCCUAUUAUAUUCAUUUUA